UGUCUCGGGGGGCGAGGGGGGGGGGGCUCUUUUGUGGCCGCCGGUAGCCUAGCUGCCUGGCUAGUUAGCUACCGACCUAGCCUUGGAUUUGGUCAGUGUGCCACUCAACGUUAACAAUACAAUUUGACCACGCCGUUGAAAGCAUCACCGAGUCGUAAUAAGUUGGUCGCUUUGCUCCGUGAAAUGAACGAGCCUUCGAAACGACUAUUUGCUUUCAAACGGAGGUUGUUUACACGUGUAGCUUUCCACUUGCACUGUUCGGGUGUCCUCGCUAGUUUGCGGUCAAGUUGACUUCUUACGACACGAAGGAACACUCUUAGUGUUCUGUUCUUCCAGGUACAUCUCACAAAAUUUGAAUAUGGUAAAAAAAAAAAGGUCAAUUUGGUUCAGUACUCGUAUAGAUUGAAUAAACGCUUAAUAAUUUUCAGAGGGAACAUUCCUGCCUAAUUUCUUCCUAAAAAAUAGUUGAAUUGUUUCUUGAAUGUUACUUGAAUGAUACACAUCUAUUAAAUAAAUGUAUAUCUAAAUCUUUCACUCCGAGCGCGUGUAGUGCAUCUUAAUCAUAAUUCAUAAUCUAUAACUACCGAAAGAAAUGAAGCCGUCGACGCUUGAAAUUUACAGGGACCUUGGAGAAUAUUCUCCUUCCAAAUGUUGGCGUAAAAGCCUCCACGUUGUGCUUUUGUGACACGCGAAACAUGAUUUUCACCAACAGCCAAAUGAUCUCCUUCAGAGAGCGUUCUUUGUAAAGGGAGGUCAAAAGGUGACGGGACGGCGCGGCCUUCGUCAGCGCUCGCGAAGGCUUCUUUUGUCAAACGACGUGUAAUAACCUAGGCGCGUCGGCGGCGCAAGUUGUCAGAGGGCACGGCCAAGCGGUUCCGGAUCGCGAUUGAGGGUUAUUUCCGUGAAAGCGUCGAAGGCAACCCGGCGUUACCGGCGAGUCACAGCAGUCGUGGGACGCCGGGCCCGCAGAGCCGGUUACGUCACUCGCUGCAUUACAGUUACGUCACAGCUGCAGAUGUUGAAAGUGUGAACGCAGGAGGUGGGGAGCGACGAGCGUCCUCUUUUCACCGGCGCGACUGGAAGAAAAGAGUAACCGCUUUGAGCCGUUUGGUGUGCUGCCUGGCGAUCACGGUGUCAAGACCUUCACCACCGCUGUCUAAGAUGCCCUAGACGGCGAGAGGUGACAUGUAAAUGGCUUCCAAAGUGAAAGAUGCCGUGGUGUGGUACCAGAAAAAGAUCGGCGCCUACGACCAGCAGAUAUGGGAGAAGUCUGUGGAGCAGCGGGAAAUAAAGUUUAUAUCGCUGGGCCUGAGGAACAAGCCAAAGAAGACCGGGCACGUCAAGCCAGACCUUAUCGACGUGGACCUGGUUAGAGGCUCCGCGUUCGCCAAGGCGAAACCGGAGAGUCCGUGGACGUCGCUGACUCGGAAGGGCAUCGUACGCGUGGUCUUCUUCCCCUUCUUCUACCGAUGGUGGAUCGGGGUCACCUCCGGGGCCAUCUUCCUCUUGCUGCUGACUCUCUACCUGCUGCAAGCGGCGGCGGCCCUCCUCUACGCGACCAUCCCGCAGCCUCACGGGAUCCCCGCCACCGAGGUGUUCGGCGCCAUCUGGCUCAUGCUGCUGCUGGGCACCGUGCACUGUCAGAUCGUUUCCACCGGGACGCCCAAGCCGGCCCCCGGCGUCGGCGGGAAGAGACGCAGGAAGUUGAGGAAGGCUUCUCAGAUGGAGGCGCACAGGGAAGGCGACGGCUCCAGCAGUACCGAUAACACGCAGGAGGGGGCGCCGCACUCCUACUCGGCCAGCGCCACAAACAGCCUGGGCACUCUGUUCCACGAUUUCUGGCACGAUCUGUGUAAAGCCGGGUGUGUAUUUUCCCCUCGUUUCUUUGGGAGUGGCCGAAGUGAGGCAGCUUGUCGCGCUCGUCCUCCUCCCCCUCGCCGGAAGGGGCGGAAAAAGAAACGGCCGUCGCUCGGUCUUCGCAGGUCCGGGAAGUCCAAGCUCUCCAUCGACAAGUCGACGGAAACGGACAACGGCUACGUGUCGCUGGACGGCCGCGUGACCAACCGCAGCAGCGAGGAGGGUCUGCGCCCGCGCCACGAACUCUCGAACCGCCUCGACGAAGCGCGCCGUGCCGCGCGCGGACCGCCGCGGCACGCUCACGCCGCCCCGCGCGCCGCCGCCGGCACCAAGGGGCCCGCGUCGGACGAGGCGUCCAGCGAGGAGGACCCCGACGCGUCUUACGUCGCCCUCCGCAGGGGAGUGGAGAGAUUGAACGCCGACUGCGCGCUCCGAAAGCGCAAGAACGCGCACUACAAGAAACAGUACGCCGCGGAGGACGUUCCCAAGUCCGGCGCCGGCCGCGGCUCCCGCCGCUCCAGCCCGAGGACCCGGGACUCCGAGAGCACCCGGCACGAGUCUGAGACGGAGGACCUGCUGUGGGAGGACUUCUUGCACUGCGCCGAGUGCAGGUCGUCCUGCACGUCGGAGACGGAUGGAGAAGGAGGAGGCGUUCCCGCGUGUCCUCCCGCCAAGAAGGAGUACCGGGACGACCCUUUCCAUCAGGGUCACGCCCCUUGGCCGCACAGCUCCAACGCGGGCCUGGAGAGGGUGAGCGCCAUCGUGUGGGAGGGAAACGAGUGCAAGAAAGCCGACAUGUCCGUCCUGGAGAUAAGCGGCAUGAUCACGAACAGGGUGAAUCUUUACACGCCGGGGAUCGGUUACCAGGUGUUGGGGAAUCUGGUGUCCGUCACGCUGGGACUCACUCCCUUAGCGUACAGACUGGCUCGGCGGCGCGACUCGGAGCAGCUGACGGCGCUGUCGGCCAACGAGCUGCUGUCCGCGGCGCUGGGGGGCGGGUCCGGCUCGGAAGCCCUGGUGGUCGCCAUGGUAACGGUGAGCUUCACGGUGCGGGUGUGCCUCACGUGGCUCUUCUUCUUCUUGCUGAGCGUGGCCGAGAGGACCUACAAGCAGAGGCUGUUGUUCGCCAAACUAUUCGGUCACCUGACUUCGGCCCGACGAGCCAGGAAGUCUGAAGUUCCUCAUUUUCGACUGAAGAAAGUCCAGAACAUCAAGAUGUGGUUGUCGCUACGCUCCUACCUCAAACGUCGAGGUCCUCAGCGCUCUGUCGACGUCAUCGUGUCUUCCGCCUUCUUGUUAACGCUGUCUGUUGUCUUCAUCUGCUGUGCACAGUUGCUGCACGUGCACGAGACGUUCCUGGAGUGCCACUACAACUGGGAGCUGGUGAUCUGGUGUUCCAGUCUGUCGCUCUUCCUGCUCAGGUUCGUCACGCUGGGCUCGGAGACCAGCAAGAAGUACAGCAACACGUCCAUCUUGCUGACGGAACAGAUCAACUUGUAUCUGAAGAUGGAGAAGAAGCCCAACAAGAAGGAAGAGCUGACGCUGGUCAACAACGUGUUGAAACUGGCGACCAAACUACUCAAGGUGAGUGACACGAUCUCGCCGACAACGAGGGGGCGCGCGGGUGACGUUUCCCCGUCGGUGCGCCUCGCAGGAGCUGGACAGUCCGUUCAGGCUGUACGGUUUGACCAUGAACCCCCUGCUGUACAACAUCACGCAAGUGGUCAUCCUGUCGGCCGUGUCCGGCGUCAUUUCGGACCUGUUGGGGUUUAACUUGAAGCUGUGGAAAAUCAAGUCGUGACGUUAAGAUGGCUGAAGACGACGAAGACCAAGAAGAAGAUGAUGAAGAUGACAUAUCAUCGGCGCGCUUUGACCUUCAACAAGCUAUUUACCCGCUCAGUGUUGUGACUUUUUAUUGAACCUCGCUAUUUCUGACAUCACACCGCGCUCCCUCGAGUGCAAGUUAUUUGAUUUUAGUCAGGAACGUUCGUACGAUGCGGGUCCUCGGCUCAACUUUUGAAGUCAGUUUUACGUCGGGCCACAAAUGUUACACGUACGUUCCGGCCGCUUUUGAGAACGAUGCAACGUUUUGGACAGGACCGUUCGGUACAAUUGGUAACGCGCAACGUCGGCGCAUUCGUAUGAUAAUUGGUAACUGACUGACUCGGUGGAAAGAGGAGGAAAAACACAAAAGUCCAAAUAAAUAUGGAUGUGACAUGAAAAAAAAAAAAAAAGGGAAAGUGAACGAUGCGCCCGGGAGCUCCGUUUCCGUAGUGUUUGCCCGUCUGCGGCAUGUAUUUUUUUUCACCUCAGGGCGAACAAAAGAAUUUAGUUUGAGGAUGGGUGUGAUUUUCAUGUAAUUUGACGGUAAAGACAGUUGGAAAUAUGGAUGGUAACGAGCAAUCCUUUUGAACGCGGCCUCGGUUGGAUUUGGGUAAAUGUCCUUAUCCUUAUGGACGACGGCGCGCCGAAAUCCGCUCGUCCCGUAACGGUGAUGCGAGUCAGGAAACCCGUUCCGCUUUAGUUUGAUUUGGCUGUCGGCUAAGGUGCGAGUGCUAAAGGGCCGCCUCAUCCCGGCGCAACAACAUCACGAGCCUCUGUCCUAAUCUUAAAUACAUUUUGGCAUUGAAAGUUUGGAAUGAGACGAUUGGGUUAAGAAAAUGUCCCCAGCAGUGUGAACGGAGCCUCGAUGAAGUUGUUUGGCAACAUUUUGAAAUUAGCUCAAGUCGCCGACAGUGUUUCUAUGUGAACGUUCCCCCCCUCUCCUGUGGGCCCAGUCCCAAAAAGCGGACAAUUCCGAGGUUCGGCGGAGUUUGCGUGCGUCAGUAUUGGGUCGUUCUGUGGAACCGGUUGUUUUAUGGAGGCAAAAGCAACAUGCACUUUAAACACGCGAAUGAAUCUAAAGUGGACGAUUUGCAUCAGUGUCAUGGAGAGAAAUGCUGACAUGUAAAGUUGUUGCGUUAGCAUGUCGCUAACGUUGUUAUUAUGAUUCUUUUUUUCCUCAUUUUGUGUGUGUGUGAAGGAGACCAAAGUGCUUGCUUUUAUCGAUUGGCUUCCUUUAGUUGUCGCGGUAAAAGAAUGUACUUGCAGCUUUAAAUUGGUUACGUCAGGCUGUACUUUUUUGCGUUUGGAUGUGUAUCUUUUAUCUUGUGGUCUGUUUGUAUUUUCAAGUUUGUUGUUGACCAUUUUGGUUGGGAAGAAGAGGCGUGUUUGAAUGUUUUAUUUUUCUAGUAACAAAGAAGUGUUCGUGUGAACACGACGGACAGUGGAGACGGUCCAAAUAAUUUGGAGAGGAAAACGGUCUGUUGACAUUUUGAUAUAAAAACCAAGCGCUGGAUGAUAACGCA